AAGAGACAGAGAGUGAGCGAGCAACUGAGAAGGAGGAGGGGAGAAAGGGAUGGCGACAACUCAGACCGACAGAGUGAAGAUAAGCAAGUAGAAAGAGUAUAUGAGAAGAAACUAAAAGAAGGAUAUAGAGUAAACAUAGAGGGAGGAGGGAGAGAGAGAGAGAGAGAGAGAGAGAGAGAGAGAGAGAGAGAAAGUGUCACCCUCAUGGUUCUGGCGAAGGGGAACAUGCACGCUGGCUGAUGUCACUUGUCUCUCUUUCCCCUUGGUUCUGCAUGAAAGGAAUUCAGACAUCAAGUGGCUUGGAACCCUAAGGAACUGACAAACUGCGACUCGGAUUUCUAACUCGUCUGAUGCCGAUUUGAGGUCUGUCGUACCCUGGACCACACAUGCAGGGUGUCUGAAAAAUCGCUCUGUAAAGACUAUGAACUCCUGCCAAAGCACUCAGGAAAUCUGCCCAAGAUCCCAAGAAAAUGUGAGCUGAAGAACGUGGCCUGGGAAACAGGAAAUGUGAUGAAGCCCAUGUUGGCGAGCGUUAGCGACGCCAUUCUGAACCCAGGACUCGAUCAACAUUGCGAGCCAAUUGAAUAUUUCGCUGAAAUGGGCAUGCAAGGUUCCGAGGCCUUGGUGUUGGAAGGGAGAGGGAACCUCACCUGCGGUGAGGGGAACGACCUGAAGGAGUACCAGCACUUCCUGUACGCUGUCACCUAUGCAGUGAUCCUUCUGCCGGGCCUGGUGGGCAACAUGCUAGCACUCUGGGUUUUUCGCGCCUACGUCCGCGAGACCAAGAAGGCCGUGGUGUUCAUGAUCAACCUAGCAGUGGCUGACCUGCUGCAGCUUCUCUCGCUACCUCUGCGGAUCUACUACUACCUGAAGGAUACCUGGCCAUUCGGAAACUUCCUGUGCAUGUUCUGCUUUUACCUGAAGUACGUCAAUAUGUAUGCCAGCAUCUACUUCCUGGUCUGCAUCAGCAUACGGCGCUGCACACUUGCCACCCACCCGCUACGGCACAGCAGCAACAAGAGCCGAUUUGACCAAGGCAUCUGCGUAGCUGGCUGGCUCGUCGUCGGAAUCGGUUGCCUGCCCUUCCCGCUGCUGCGAAGGGGCACUAAUGAGAAUCAGUGCUUCUCAGAGCUGCCCCUGGCACCGCUGAGCAUGGCGGCAGGCGUGACCGCCAUCGUUCUUGCCGAGCUGCUGGGCUUUGUGCUACCGCUAGCUGUGGUGCUCACCUGCUCGUGGCGCACGGCGGCCAGCCUGCGGGAGAGCAGCACCACCUUACAGCGAGGCAGUGAGAAGCGCAAGGCCCUAAGGACAGUCCUGAGCUGUGCCGCCGUGUUCCUGGUCUGCUUCGCUCCCUACCACCUCACCUUCCCCUUACACUUCCUGGCCAAAGCUGACAGCAGCAUGAUUGACUGCACCUUCCGCAAUGCCAUCUUCAAGAGCCACCCCAUUACGCUGUGUCUGGCCAGCUUCAACUCCUGCUUGGACCCCAUCAUCCACUACUUCACCACCGAUGAGUUCAAGAGGCGCCUCUCCCGGCAUGACAUUUCCGAAAGCCUCCACCUGUACGGUCAGAAUCGACGCACAGAAAGCAUAAUACCUCAGUUGGAGUUAGGGGCCUGAGGACACAAUCCUACAAGUCUGGAGAAGCAAGAUUAUCCUGCCCAUUAUUCUCCAAGUCAGUGGUGUCAGACAAGCUAAACUGAGGACACACCCCAUGAGUCAACAGAACCAGUGACAUGUCUCCAGAGCAAGAAGAGUGGAACUAAGGACACACCUUUACAAGUCAACUGGAGCAAUGGCAUUCCUCCGAGGUCUUAAGAUGAUCUUAAGAGGGCAGGAGAACCUAUGACAUGCUUCCACAGUAAAGGAAAGGCAGGUUGAACCACCCUUCGUACAGUCAAGACAUGGAACAGAAUACAUCAUACAUCAAUACUUACUUUACUGGUCACUUCUGGGAUCUAAUUGCUGUGUUUGCCAUUAUCUGAUUAAGGACACCAACAUUCACAGGUUGAAUUAUAUCAACAAAAAUUUUUCUUUCUUCUUUAGACUCUUAAUAGCUUAUUAAAACAAACCACAUCUUGAAUGAGAUAUACUUUAAAUCCACAGGGGAAAAAAAAAACAAAAAUAUACAAAG